UAUUUAUAAAGCAUGGAAUCGAAAAAAUUUAGAGAGCUUUUCGUCUUCGAUUUUCGUGGGCAACACGAUGGUAUAAAUAUUAUGCGAAGGUUUAUUAACACUCUGUAUAGCAGUUAUUUGCUGGCAAGAGAGAGAGGAAUUUCACAGCACGAGCAAUUCUGCCUGAAUUAAUCGGGUUAAUUGGAGUUUCGAUAGACUCAGAGGAAGCCUUAGCGUUAAAACGCGCGACGGCCAACCACCCUUCCUAACCCAACUUCACGAGCGCAAGAGAUGCGCGGAAAGGGAGGGAAUCGAGUCAAGAAUGGUCAAGAAUAAGUAGUGCAGCAGACAAAGACGGGACGCGGGACGUCUCUCUAUUCAUGAAACGUUUGCGAUCACGCAAUCAUAAGUGACAGACAGAUGUUAGAUAAUCGCUGUGCCGUUCGUCGUAAGUCAGCGAGGCGCGCGACGAUCGGCCGACACGUAAGUGCGAAAAAAGUUGGACCGGAUCAUACAGCGACGUGGAGGAGGCCGGAGGUCAAAACCGGUAAUUGACAUCGCGCUCGCGAACUCGAAUGACUCCGGUAGGCGUGCACGCGCGCGCGCUCGCGACGACGAGGCCGAGCGUGUCGGACGCGAUCGGCGUGAGAUCGUCCCUUUCCUGUACCCUGCGCCAUCGAAGAUCGUACUUGUCUGGAUCGUCUCGGUGCCCUCAGUGAUUCUCCUAAUUAUUCCUUCCGAUUCGGGAGCACACCCGAUUCCACAGCAACGAUUUCGUAAUGUGACACAUCAUAAACAGGCAGCAAUUUGUUCAAAAUGGCAACUAUUUGUUCUGGACGACCUGGUUGGUUAGGAAAGCUUGGAAUAGCAUUGCUAGUUACAUGGUUUUUAGUCUUGAUUAUAACUAUUGUUCAUAUAUUUAAGUCCAACUCAUUGUCAAGCCGCGAUGCUGACACUGCCAACAAAGAAAACACCCAACGCCUAGCACAAAUGGUCAAUGACUUUGAAAUUCUAAAGAAACAGAAUGAUGCACUGAAGAACUUUAUAUUAGGAGAAGGGAAAUCUAUACAAGGGGACCAUUUAGGCUCCAUACAGGACAAACUCGAGAAAGCAUCGAUCUAUUAUGACCUAAUAGAUCAUCAAGAUGGCUCAAAACACGGUGUUCCCUCCUUAGAAUAUGAGGAACUGCGGCGACGAUUAAGGAACGAUAUUCAGGAGAUGUGGUAUUAUGUUAGCGCUGAGUUGAAUAAAUUCAAGAAGCAUAUUGAUGAGUUUACAUAUGAUCAAAGAGAGAAGGAGAUACAGGAUGUGUUAAGAAAUGCAGGGGAGCACAAAAAGUCACUUAUAAUAAAUAUAGACAAAUUAAAGAAGGCAGACGGUUAUGAUGAAUGGCGGGAAAAAGAGGCGAAAGAUUUAUCUGAUCUUGUGCAGAAAAGAUUUAGGUAUCUACAAAAUCCUCCUGAUUGUAAUAAAGCAAAGAAGCUGAUAUGUAGCUUAAAUAAAGGUUGCGGCUUUGGUUGUCAGAUUCAUCAUAUCACAUACUGCUUUUUAGUAGCUUAUGGUACAGAAAGAACAUUGAUAAUGAAAUCCAAAGGGUGGAGAUAUCACAAGGAUGGCUGGGAAUCUGUUUUUAAACCCCUCAGUGACAAUUGUUUAUCUACAACUGGUAGUUCGCAUUCUAAUUGGCCUGGAGAUCCCUCUAAACAAGUGAUAUCUCUGCCAAUUGUAGACAACGUGUAUCCUAAGCCGAGGUUCCAACCGCCCAGCGUGCCUGCGGAUUUAGCACCGAGAUUAGAAAAGAUUCACGGUCAUCCUUUAGUUUGGUGGGUAGGACAAGUAUUAAAAUACUUAAUGCGACCUCAGGAUCACGUGAAGAGAACGUUGGAAAAGGCGAAAGAGAGACUCGGUUUUAAGAAACCUAUCGUCGGUAUUCAUGUGCGUAGAACCGACAAAGUAGGUACCGAGGCAGCUUAUCAUGAUGUAGAUGAAUACAUGACUAAAGUGGAGCAAUACUUUGAUGAACUUGAUCCAAAACCGGACGUGAGGAGAGUCUUUUUAGCCAGUGACGAUCCAAAAGUGAUAAUAACAGCCAGGAAACGUUAUCCGAAUUACGAGAUAAUAGGCGAUCCAGAAAUCGCUGAAACAGCAUCUGUAGCAAAACGAUACUCAGAUACCUCAUUGCAAGGAAUAAUUAUCGAUAUUCAUCUUCUGUCGGAAUGUGAUUAUUUGGUGUGCACGUUUAGUUCUCAAGUAUGUCGCGUCGCGUACGAAUUAAUGCAAACUUUUUACGCUGAUGCAUAUGACAGAUUUACAUCUCUCGACGAUAUAUAUUAUUACGGGGGACAAAAUCCACAUCCUCACGUAGCAAUUUUGGAUCACAAACCAAGGAAAAGCGGGGAAUUAGAGUUAAAGACUGGAGAUUUGAUUGACGUCUUCGGUAAUCAUUGGGAUGGUUACUCCAAGGGUUAUAACACCAGAACUAGCAUGACAGGAUUAUUCCCCAGUUUUAAAGUAAAAAAUCCUGUUGAUGCUGUAGACUUCCCCAAAUAUUCAAAUAUUCCUUUACUGGAAAAUAAAGACAAUUAAAUCAGAAUGGCCGAACAAAGUCUAACAAAAUGGAGUUUUGAAUAAAUCGUUAUGUCUUUGAAAUUUUUAAGAUAAUAGCAGAGAUGACAUGACACAAUGUAUAUAUUUUGCUACUUGUAAAUUACAAUUUUUAAUGCUUGUAAAUUGUCACAAAUGUCCAUGACUUCUCAAAUAAGAAAUUCUAUCUUAUAUAAUUAUCAACAAAGUCAACGGUAAUAAUUCAAAAGUCGCCAGUAAUGGUUCGCAAUAAAUGAGACGGUUCAGUUUCACGGUUACUGCUCACCAGUACAGACGUACAUUGUUAUUUUUAUUGUGCUCUUUGUAUUAAUAUCUCUGUACAUUAACAUUCUUUUAUAUUAUUAUUUGACACUAUUGUUUUAAUGUAUCAACACUUAUAAUCAUGAUUCUCUGACAUGAAUCAUAAAUUUAUAUUUGAUGGUACGUUUACUUGAGAAGGGUCCAAAGCAGGGGCCGAAACGUCAUAAUCUCCAUAGUUUCAAUUAAUUCUGCUAGUUGUGUCGUCUUGGAAAAUCGUUUCAUUUAUAUAAUUAUAUUUAAUUUAAGAAAAAUUACAAGUAUGUUUAUUAAAUAGCGUAAUAGAGACACCAUUUUCCAAACGACAUUAGUUUUCUUCGUAACAUUUUUUUAUACGUAAAACUAUGGUAUGAGUUGAUACUAUAUGUAGAUAAUCUUUAAGGAUAAGGUGAUAAUUUGCAAAUAUGUAGAAAAAAUAGUAUUUAUAUAAUAUUUUAAUAUAUUUUCAUUGAAGUUACGAAAUGUGAUUGUUAAUUUAAUCAAAGAGAUUUAAUUAAAAGAUAUUGAUCAUACUAAAUUAUUAUAUUUGAAAAUAUAAUGAGAAUCGAAAUGUAUAAUUUCGAUCUUAAUAUUCUAUCGGCAAACCAAAUUUGUUUUGUAUGUACAUAAUAUAGAUGAAAUAGACUGAAAAAAACUACUGCGCGUAUUAAAAUAUCGUUUGUGCCAAUAUAUCGCGAAAAAUUAUUUACAAGCUGAAAUUUAAUGUCUCUGAAAAAUACGUAAAAGCAUAAAAGUUUCUUAUUUAUUGCGCGCUCCAUUAUACUUUGUAAAUAAAGUCAUGAAAUUAUUUCGCUAGUGAACUCGUAUUAUUGUUCAUGGUCGCAAUAGUAACAAUCAUAUAAUAUAGGAUGUUCCAUCAAGUCUAUAUAUUUUCAUAAAAUAUGAUAAUUUCAAGUUUUUUUAUGACAUGGUUAUGUAUAUAUAUAUAUAUAUAUAAAGUAUAAAAUAUAUUUUUAAAUUAGGAAAAAUCAUUUUAUAGAAUCCUUAAACUUUAUUUCUCUAAUACAAUGCACUUUACUGUGAAUAUGACUUCAUAUAUAUACACACAAUUUUUACAAAUUAUAUAUAAAAUAUAUAAAAAUUGCGAAAAUAAUUUAAUAAAAUAUUUGUAUUUUAUGUACACACACACACAAUUAAGAAAUUUGACGGUACUGUGUCUACUUUGACAACUAGACUUUUGGGACAUUCUAUGUAUUUCAUAUACAUAUACCAUUUACAGUUUUAAAGCUUAAUGCGUGAUUUAUAUGUAAAAUGUUUACAUAUAACAUUUUGCAUAUAUAUGAAUGUAUAUGUAUAAGGUAUUCCCGUCUGUAUGACAUCGAGCUAGGCUUGGGGCCUAUUUUCAAUAUAGGACAACAUUUCUUGUAUGCAUAUUGUAUAAUAUAUUUUAUACGCAAACCGCAAAUGAGAAUUGUUAUUAUAAAAUUUGAAUUUGAUUUUGACUAAUAAAUAUUUAAUUCAUGAAA